AUGACGACCAUGGAUUUACGCGUCGGUAACAAGUACCGUAUCGGCCGCAAGAUCGGAAGCGGUUCUUUCGGUGAUAUCUAUCUUGGCACCAACAUCAUCUCUGGUGAAGAGAUCGCCAUCAAGCUCGAGAGCGUCAAGGCCAAGCACCCCCAGCUCGAGUAUGAGGCUCGAGUCUACAAGUCUCUCGCUGGCGGCGUCGGCAUUCCCUUUGUCCGCUGGUUCGGUACUGAAUGUGAUUACAACGCCAUGGUUAUCGACCUUUUGGGUCCUAGUCUCGAGGACCUGUUCAACUUCUGCAACCGCAAGUUCUCGCUUAAGACCGUCCUUCUGCUUGCCGAUCAGCUCAUCUCCCGUAUUGAGUACAUCCACGCCAAGUCGUUCAUCCACCGUGACAUCAAGCCAGACAACUUCCUCAUGGGCAUCGGCAAGCGUGGUAACCAGGUCAACGUGAUUGAUUUCGGUCUGGCCAAGAAAUACCGCGACCCCAAGACCCACUUCCACAUCCCCUACCGCGAGAACAAGAACCUAACCGGUACUGCCCGUUACGCUAGUAUUAACACUCAUCUGGGUGUGGAGCAGUCUCGCCGUGAUGAUAUGGAGUCUCUGGGCUACGUCAUGCUCUACUUCUGUCGUGGGUCUCUGCCCUGGCAGGGUCUGAAGGCUGCCACCAAGAAGCAGAAGUAUGACCGUAUUAUGGAGAAGAAGAUGACCACCCCUACCGAGGUCCUCUGCCGUGGCUUCCCUAACGAGUUUGCCAUUUACCUGAACUACACUCGUUCGCUGCGUUUCGAUGACAAACCGGAUUACUCCUAUCUGCGCAAGAUCUUCCGAGACCUCUUUGUCCGCGAGUCCUUCCAGUAUGACUAUGUGUUCGACUGGACUGUCUACAAGUACCAGAAGGCCAUGACCUCGGAUUCCUCCAAGAAGGAAAAGGAGGAGGAGCAGCGGCGCACCGGUGUUACUGGCACUGGACCCAGUCCUGCUGGUUUGACUAGUGCUGCCACUAAGCCUUCGGCUGUCGCUCCUCGUCGCAAGGUCAUGGACCGCAGCGGCGAGAACACUCCCAACACCCUUGGAACUGAUCGGAUGCUACGCUCUGCCACCAUUGCUCCGAAAGGCGAACCUAGUCCUGUCUAUGGACCCUCUGGUGGUGUUUCAAAGCGGGGCAAUGGAGCAGGUGCUCAAUGGUACUAA